GUAAAUGUAACAUAAUUCAAAUCGAAUACGGAGUAUGAAUUUCAAUUACUGAGGGAGUAAAUUGGUAAGUACCAGACAUCCUAUAUUCAGCAAACAGCUCAUCGGAAAUCACACGUCGGCCGGUCGUGGUGGGCAUUUUUGUUCCUACUUCCGGCACAAGAGCAAAUACGCCGUGGCCCUUCCCCCCACUUUCAGCUGAAAAUGACACUACAGUCAGCUGAACUUUAGAAGCCAAUCUUACCUCACUUCAGACCUCACUCCAGCUCUAGCUAAAUCAACAAACUGACUUGUUUGCUUCUUUCAGAUCGGAAGAGUUAGGCAGUCAAAAACACAAACUUUGGGCUGGGCGGCUGGCAUAAAAAAAGAAUGAAGAAAUGGGCAGGAUGUUUGCUUAUUCUUGGUCUUGCUGUUACUUUGCUAUUUCGAUAUAGCUCCAUCGAAAAACCACUGCAGAAACAAUCAGCUGAUGAUUUUUUCAACAGUCAUCCGCCAAGUAGUACUUAUAAUGUUGAGGAUUAUGCAAAAGAUAUUAGUGAUGAUAAUGUGGAGGAGGUAAUGCCUCCAGUGAAGGAAACCAAUCAUUCUAGGUUUAAAGGGAAGCCACAUUUUGUCAACUUUGAUGGGUUAGUUGAUUUAUAUAGCUCACAUAAUGUUUCAGACUCUGUGGCUAUGCUUGUGUGGGGUGAAAUGAGGUCUUUAUUAUCGCGGUCAGAUGCACUGCCUAAUACUGCCCAGGGAAUCAAGGAGGCUUCCCUGGCUUGGAAAGAGUUGUUGUUAUCAAUAACUGAAGAGGAUAAAUCAUUGGAUGAGAAAGAAGGUCAGAACUUGACAAAGAGUCCCAUUAUCAUUCAGAAUGCAUGGACUAACGCAUCUGGGUGGGGCAAAGAGGAGAGAUGCCCGGAUCGUGGCUCAUCUGACACACCAGGAGUUGAUGGACUUGCAAUGUGUAAUGCAAAAAUCAUAAGAAGCAACUUGCAACAUAUUUCAAAUGCUAGUCAUCUGGAAAGCUUGAAUCGGGCUGAUGGUUCAAAUGGAACUGCACAUGCAAGACCCGAUUUUCCAUUCGUCCAAGGUUACCCGUUUACUGCAACAUUAUGGGCUGGUCUGGAAGGAUUUCAUAUGACUGUAAACGGAAGACAUGAAACUUCUUUUUCCUAUAGAGAGAAACUGGAGCCAUGGUCGGUUAACAAAGUCUGUGUGGGAGGUGGGUUGGACAUCAUAUCUGCCUUAGCAAAAGGACUGCCAGUUUCUCAAGAUCCAGAUUUGGCUGAUGUUGAACAACUCAAAGCUCCAUUAUUAAGUGGCAAGAAACGACUUACAAUGCUGAUCGGAGUAUUCUCAAUGGGAAACAAUUUUGAGAGACGGAUGGCAUUGAGAAGAACGUGGAUGCAGUAUGAAGCUGUACGCUCUGGGCAAGUGGCUGUCCGGUUUUUCAUUGGUCUUCAUACAAGCAAGCAGGUCAAUUUGGAAAUUUGGAAAGAAGCUCAAACAUACAAAGAUAUUCAACUGAUGCCUUUUGUUGAUUACUACACAUUGCUCAAUUUGAAAACGGUUGCCAUAUGCAUUCUUGGGGUAAAAUUUCUCCAGGCUAACUAUAUAAUGAAAACGGAUGAUGAUGCAUUUGUAAGGAUAGAUGAAAUCCUUUCAAGCCUCAAAGAUAAGCAUUCCACCAGUCUCUUGUAUGGCCGAGUUGCUUUUGAAUCUUCUCCCCAUCGGGACAAGGAGAACAAAUGGUACAUCAGUACUGAGGAAUGGCCUCAUUCCUCAUAUCCACCUUGGGCUCAUGGUCCAGGUUAUAUAAUUUCUCGAGAUAUAGCAAAGUUCAUUGUCCAGGGUCAUAAAAAAAGGGACUUUAUGCUUUUUAAACUCGAAGACGUUGCUGUGGGCAUAUGGAUUGAAGAGUUCAAACAAAAGGGUCACAAGGUGCAAUACGUACACGACGAUCGGUUCUACAAUGAUGGCUGUGAGUCAAAUUACAUUCUUGCACAUUAUCAGAAUCCAAGGAUGGUGCUCUGCCUGUGGGAGAAACUACAGAAAGAGAAUCAACCAAACUGCUGCCAGUGAUUUUAUAUGUCACCCAUUGCUAAAAAGUCGAUGGUGAGUUUAUAUUGGCUGUCAACCACUACAGCCUAGCUUAUACUCCGUAUUCUUGUGCUUUUCAUAUUUUGUUUUGUUCCCUUCUCUUUUUGGUCUUCUUUUCUUUCCCUUUUUUCUCUUUUCCCUAUCCUCCACUGGGUUCUCCAUCGAUGAGGCAAUGGAAGUGAUCGGAUUGGACUCAUCUUGACCGCUACAAGUUCAUUCGCUCAUAACAUAAAUCACAAAUAUAGUGGGGAAAAUGGGAAAAGUUUAGAGCAAGAAAUGAUUUGGUGUAAUUAUCAUGAGCUACUCAUUCUGGAGGAUUCGGCUCCAUCCAAUCUGUAUCGGAGCGGUCAAUUCCAAACUGUGUCUGGUUAUUUAACCAUGGUAGUACCUUAUUGCAGCAAGCAAAUUUGUUUUUUCGAAGAUACUUUUUCCAGCAUAAGGGUGGAAAUGAAGAGGACGAUGGGAAGAAACCAGCUUUACACUUCAUGGUGUAGACUGUAGAUAUAGAAUGUGAGGCAUUCAAAUAUAUAUGUUCAGAUUUAAAAAUCUAUUUUGGGACUUUGAUAGCGGAUAUUGUUUUCAAGACAUUUUGGUGGAUUUGUUGAUCUAGAAAUAAGAACUCAACUAUCUGCAAGAGAAUUAUUAUAAAAAAACGUGGAGUUCGAAAAAUAACUCUAAUUUAUCUGUUAUAUCCCUCGUAAAUCUUUUUACACAACAACUGCAAUAUGUAACAAUUCAACACUUCAAUGAAUUUUAUUUUUAUUUGGA